CUCCCCCUUCCCCUGAUAUAUUCCCGUUGUGUAUUUUAAAGUUUUACCAUUUUGCGGUGAGCUAAACGGAUUUUACAGCUUGGCCGCAGUGCAGGCCCCCCAAAUGGAAACAAAAGGGGGGCGGCACACACACCAUAGAAUGGAUGCAUUUGUGUGGAUGUACAUGCAGGCUUUAUCGAAUAAUUCGUGUCAGUUAGGGAACAAAUUGUGAGUUCACCCCUGCGACACGUCUUCCUGUGAGGAAGAGACCCCCCAUGUGCGUCCCUCGAAGAGGACUCUACAGGGGAGAAGCAACGGACGUGCGAGAUUUGCAAAACGGCAGACAAAGGGGAAAAAGCUAGCGCCGCUUCGAACGAAGGAAGGCUUCCCUUUCCCACACGGAGGGAGGGUUACAACGAAACAGACACGUUUGUGUGAAUACGUAUGGGCACACGUAUUAUAUGUAUGUACAGGAAGGGACGUGGAGAAGAGACAUGCCGAUUGUUACUCUGUGGAAAGCAAAAUAGGUGCCCUUUCGUGAGCUGCUUGCUGAACGAGGGGGAAAACGAAAUCGUUGGGAGUUAUUUCGUCUUCUCUCCAAGUGGGGAGUGCAACAGGGCAGGGCAUCAUUCGUGUGUAGAGGCAACCUGCAGAUAGGCACCCCCACCAAAAGGGCGCAAAAAUAAGAAAACAGCGCCAAACACAACUGCCCCCAACCGGGCGAAGCCAAAAUGUGCGGCUCCGAGGACUACCUGAAGUGCCGCCUGCACUUUGAGUACAACCUAAUCGAGUCGCACGACACGGUAAGAAAGAUCAGGGAGGGUCAGGAAUACACGCUCGUACACACGAAAGGGGGCGAUGAAGAAACCCACAAAAAGAAAAUAUACCUGUUGGGGUUAAAUUAUGAUGAGUGGAUUUUCCUGCGCGGGAACUUCCGCUUUCGCCUUCUAAAGGGGAUGGCGAAAUUUAACGGGCAGGUAUUGAAGCCAUCGGAGAGGUACACCAAUGUGCGCAUCCCGGAUUUUUACCCCCUGUUCAAAUUGGUGGCCCUGAAUGGGAGCCACGUUAAGUAUGAGAACAGCCGAUUUGUCUUUUUUGCGAAGGAUUCUAAGAGGUGCAGUUGUAAUGGUUCCCGCGGUUGUAGCGGUUUUCACGUGAGAGAGGUGAAGGGAGAAGGAAAGGCCACUAACCAAGGCGAUGCCCCACAAAGGGGAGAAGAAGAGAAGGGAACCAACACGGACAUCACACCGAGCAGAAGCGAUUUUACCGAUUCGAAGCAAAAUAGGGAACCAGCUGAGAGUUCCAGCAUAUGUACCGACAAGUGGGAAAAAAAUUGCUGCCUGAACGAGUGUAGCGAUAGGAUAUUGCAAAAUUAUCUGUAUGGAUUGAAUAUGUUAAGAAGGGAGAAUGGAAAGAGGAAAGAAUUCUACGAAUACGUGGUGAACGCGGACCGACGUGAUGUCAGCACUCUGGCGAGUGCACACAUGAUGGAUACCAUAAGCAGAGAUUCUUUUUGGGACAAGUGCCCUAUCAUUAUUGCCUUUGAGAAAAAGAAAGAUUUUCUUUACCAUUUGGCGAAUGAAAAUUCGGGGAAGAAACUCAACUUGUCUAACCUGGAGCAGAAUAAUAGCCCGUAUGUUGACACCUACCAGGUCUCCUACGUUUUGAGGGAGUUCCUGCGAUAUAUACGGAUUGGGAAGAAGUACCGGGUGGGGGAGAUGCUGGCGAGGGCAGGUGGCGAGGCGAGCGGCCACGACCGCGUGGAGGAGGGAAAACCACUGGAGGAAAGUAAACCAAAGGAGGAGGCCAAACCGCAGGAGGAAGGCAAACCAACGGAGGAGGCCACACCGCAGGAGGAGGCCAAACCACAGGAGGAAGCCAAACCACAGGAGGAGCGCUCGUGGGACCCACCCCCCAACGGAGGCGAACACGGAAAAACGGAAUUGCCCGAGUUGACCACACUGACCAAGUCCAAAUGCUGGGAGUUUUACAAAAGGAACAAAAUAAACAGAAGGAUUCACCAGUUCGAUUACCCAUACUACAAAAGAGAGAGAGAAACGAGCAACAUAUUUAGCAUCAUGAUGAUGGGAGAUAAGGGGAAAGGAAAGAGUCUCUUGACCAUGAAUUUGAUAAAUGAUUUAUUAAAUUUUCACGAAGAAGUAUAUCUGGUAGAUAUUGAUGUGGGCCAGCCGAUCAUAGGAAUAAGUGGCUUUCUCUCCAUACAUAAAAUAAAGUGCCCAUUAAAUAAUUACAAUUUUUUUGAGAAGAAAGCCAAGUGUGUUAAAGAAAUAUUUUUUGGAGGAUGCUCCAUCGGGGAGAAUGUCCAAUAUUACGUUCAGUGCCUGGAGUACUUGUACUUUUACUUAUUUAACACCUACUUUGAAAAAAAAAAGAGGAAGAGAAGAAUAGCCAGUAGGAUGAACGAAGAGCGCUGCUAUCCCGUUGUGAUUAACACCUUCGGAUGGGUCGAAAAUAUUGGGCUGCUCCUUCUGAACUUAAACAUUUACCUAAGCUGCUGUAAUUUUAUCGUCCAAAUUGAUUCCCUAAAAUGUGAAGAAAAUGUGAAGAGCAAAUUGAGCAGACGAGAAUUUGUAUCCUACUUGUUUAAUGAUUUUCUGCUGAUCAAGCUAGCCAGGCGAAACGACAUUUAUGCAAUCUUAAAUUUGAACAAUGAAAAGGUGUCCCUAAUUUCGGAGCCCCACUCCCUCUUUAACGUUAUCAGUCAGUAUAGUCACCUGAAGGAAUACAAUUUUUUAUUUCACAAAUUUGACAUGUCUUUCGAAAGGGAGAAGAUUAUGCAUGACCAGUUCUGCCUGAACAGGUCAGGCAAUAAUUUUAAAGACAGAGAGUGCGAAGCGCACGGGGGGGGUGUUACCAAAAUGGAUGUAAAUACCGGUACACAGGGAAGUAGUGACUUUAGGGGGGAUGGCCACCCCAGGUACAGUAACAAAGAGGUGGAAGAUAAAGAGAAACAAAAGAGGAUAGAAAACCAAAGUGGUACGAAGAGCCACGAGAUGCAUAUCGCAAGUGAGGAAAAGUAUGACUAUUUAAAAAAAAAAAUGAAAUUUUUUUUUGGCUGGAAUUGUGUGAGGGUGAUCAAUUUUGUGAGCUACGAAAAUGUUCUAUCGCAUGCCAAUAUCCAUGAGAUACUGCACAGAUCGGAGAGCUGUUCCAUCCAAGCGAAAAGACUAAGGUGGUUUCGGAUUUUUUGCUACUUUUUUUGCAAGUUUAAGAGUAUAGUUUUUUAUUCCUACAUCCCCUCGUUUGGCAGCACCUUGCGGGAGCGCUUUCGCCCGUUGGGCGGUUUCGCCGAUGGUCAUUCGAAAGGCAACUUGCGCGGCACCGCGAGUGCAGGCCAAAUGAAGGAACAACCAACGUUACACCAGCAAGGGGGCCCCCUUGGAGACAACGCUGCUAUCAUGUAUAUGGAUCCCCUAACUGGAAAGGAGCUACCUCCAAAUGAUAAACCAUUGGAAGAAGUAUGUCACGACAAAAUUAAACACACCGUGAGUGAAUGCGAAGGAAAACAGACCAAAGAGAGGACGAAGGAAUGUGCGACCCAUAUUUGUAAAGCCCCUCAAAGCAACGGGCCGCUUUUCAACUGCGCCAUUUUCAGUUUGAAGAAUGUUAAAUUGAGCAGCUUAAUUUUUAAUAGGCACUACUUUAAUGCGCUCCCCCAUGGGUACUUCAAUGCCAGCAGGUUCUUCUUUAACAAUGUCAUAUGCCUUUGUAAGGAUGUGAAUGUAGCGAGCAGUGCAUCCCGAAACAAACGCAAGAGGGGGGGAAAUCCUGGGGAGUUAGUAGGGCGCUACCAAAUGGGGGAGAGACGUGAAGACCAUCUGGAACCCAACAGGGUGGAUUAUUACAUCGAUCGGUUAUACCUAAAUGCAGAUUUUAAAAAUGAAAAUCCUGUCAUUAGGGAAGAGUACCUGAGGGAGAACAACGUCCAGAUAGUUCCCCUGCGUGAGAAUUUCACCUGCCUGCUAACAGCAUAUGUGAAGCUAAUUGAUAACAUGAGACUCAUCAUUUAUCUGCCCUUUUGGUUUCGCCAAUUUGAUUUGCUUUCCACCGUUGACACUUUUGUUGCCGGCAUGCAGAUUGCCCCCAGGUACAUGGACGACAUGAUUAAUGAGUAUUUAUUUUAUUACGAUGUAGUUACCCAAAAGGGGGUUGAGAUGAAGGAAGCCCCCCAAAUGGGGAGCCCCACCGAGGGGGGCCCGCCAUCCUAA